AUGCAUGUUCGGCUCAGUUGUUCAAUUCCUCCGGAGGAGAAGCUGGAGAAGCCAUGCGUCGCAGAAGCGUCCAAAGAAGAGACGCUGAAACCGAAGGACAUGGACCGAUCCACUUCAGACGAUGAUGAAGAAGAUGUUGAUGGACAUCAGCAUAAGGGCAUCAGCUUAGAUGAUCUCAGCGAUGAUUGGGUCGAAGCUCAAAUGAAGGAUGUUACAGUGGCAGUCAUCGGCAAUGUGGACAGCGGGAAGUCGACGUUGGUUGGAGUUCUCACCAAGGGUGGGUUGGACGAUGGAAGGGGUCUGGCACGGGCCAAGGUGUUUAAUUUCUCGCACGAAGCAGCCAACGGCAGAACGAGCAGUAUCGCACAGGAGAUUAUGGGCUUCUCGCCAACGGGGGAGCAGGUGCUCAUUGACAGAAUGGGUACUUCCACGGCCAGUUCGCGAAAUCAGACUUGGCAACAGGUGGUAAGCCAAUCGGAAAGACUGGUGACCUUCAGCGACCUGUGUGGCCAUGAAAAAUACCUCAAGACUACCAUCUUUGGAUUGGUGGGGCAAUGCCCGGACUACACGAUGAUCAUAGUGAACGCUAAUGCAGGCUUCCAGCGCAUGUCGCGCGAGCACUUGGGAAUUGCGCUUGCCUUGCGCAUUCCGUUCUUCAUCGUCAUAACGAAGAUUGACAUCGCACCCCAGAAUGUCUUCGACGAGAAUCUUGCACAGCUCCACAAGAUCGUCAAGUCAAACGCAGUGAAACGGCAGCCUCUUGUGGUGACAAGCGAUGACCAGUUGGAGCAAGCAGCCUCCGGAAUCUACGGCAAACAGGUGUGUCCCAUGUUCUGCAUUUCCAACGUAACGGGAGAGGGUCUUCCCCUGCUGCGUUCUUUCCUGCAACGGCUGCCAUCAAGGCUACAGGACAGCGGUCUCUUCAAACCACCAAGCAGUCCAGCUGAGUUUCACAUUGACUCCAUCUAUGUCGUGCCUGGCGUUGGUCUGGUCGUUGGCGGUGUGGUUCGAUCAGGCCGUAUAUGCCCUGGGCAGCAUCUGCUUCUAGGUCCAGACAAAGUGAGCCAGUUCAAGCCGGUUAUGGUCAAAACCAUUCAGUACAAGCGUGUCACUGUUGAAAUGGCUGAGAGUGGUCAGCACUGCAGCUUCGCUCUUCGUUCUCUGGUGAAGAGGGAGACUCUAAAGAAGAGCAUGUUCAGAAAAGGCAUGGUGAUGCUCGGCCCGGAGCUGCAACCGAGGGCCAUUUGGUCUUUCAAGGCUGAGGCCUGUGUGCAUGUGCAAACUCCCCGUGCACGGCUUUCUCAACUUGAAUCGCUGCCAUCGAAUGCUCAGCAGCUGUUCGUGGAGCGUCACCCCGCCAGCGCUGCUCCUCUGCUCUAG